GGAUCUUGCACUGGUGAAAAACCUUGGAAUUUUGCGUUAUGUGAGAUAUUUAAGACAAACAGUGUCUGUUUCUAACUUCUUUUGCCCAUAUCUUCGUUAAAGGUGAAAUGAGAGCAUGAGGUUUACUAGACUUUUCCCGUGUAACGGACUUUGGACACACCCAGUGAAAGAGUCGUGUAGCAGAAGGAGCAAUAUACCUGUACGAUGUCUAUUCCAACAAUCAGAGACUACUGCGGGGCAUUCAUUUCAAGAUCCGAGAAUAAGAAUGACUCCCAAACUGAUCCGAAUGGCAAGAUUUACCAAAAAAUUAAGCUGGACAGAAGAACCUCCUCAAUUCAUAACGCGCAGUGAGCACCUUGCUAUGAGGACUAUUUCAAGGAUAAAGGUCAAUGUCAUUGGUGUCGUCUUCAUGAUCUGUCUUGCUUUGUCGAUUAUCAGGAAAGGGAGAGAAAUCAAGAAGAGGGGACGAACAUUGAGUGGCUGCAGUCAAGAGCAAGUAGAUACACUAAGACUUAAACAUUUACUGGAACAGAAGCGGGUGAGAGAAGCUGCUGCAGAGACCAGUAAAGCCUAGGGAACCAGUUAUUUUACAAUAUUUUAUUUCUGUUUGUAGAGGGAGAAAAGACUGAAUACAUGUAUAGCACAGCUCUGAUUAUGUAAAUAUAAACAGUGAAUUUAAUAUAUUUUGCCAAGAAUU